GCAGGCGAGGCGGGCAUGGCGGGCGUCAGCUACUCGCCGCCCUGGUGGGUGAGCCUGCUGCACCGCCUGCCGCACCUCAGCCUGCGCUGGGAGCUCACCGCCGCCGACUUCCGCCCGGACGACGCCGAGUACCAGCAGGCUCUGCUGCUGCUGGGUGGCAUUGCGCUCUCCUGCCUGGCUCUGGACCUGCUCUUCCUCUUGUUCUACUCCUUCUGGCUCUGCUGCCGCCACCGAAAGAGCGAAGAACACUUGAAUGCUGACUGCUGCUGUACAGCAUGGUGUGUCAUCAUCGCAACCCUGGUGUGCAGUGCUGGAAUUGCUGUUGGCUUCUAUGGGAAUGGAGAGACAAGUGAUGGCAUCCACAGGCUGACGUACUCCCUACGCCAUGCAAACCGCACUGUGGCAGGUGUCCAGGACCGGGUGCUAGAUACCACAGUGGCCCUGAACCAAACAGCAGAGCCAAACCUGCUCAUCCUGGAGGAGAUGUUUGCAAAGCAGACAGACCACUUGCACAUUAUCCAGAAACUGCAAAGUCUCUUGGAUGAUUUGGUCAGGCAAACAACUGAGAUCCCCUUCUGGAAGAAUGAAGAGCUGUCUCUGGAGGAGCUGGCAAUUCAGAUUGACCUCUAUGACUGGUACAGGUGGCUUGGAUACCUGGGCCUGCUCCUGUUCCAUGUUCUGAUAUGUUUGUUGGUGCUCUUUGGGCUCAUCAGAAACUCCAGGGCCAUUCUUAUGGGGGUAUGCUUGCUUGGGGUGUUUGCCCUGAUUGUCAGCUGGGGGUCCUUGGGUCUGGAGCUGGCUGUUGCUGUGGGCUCCAGUGACUUCUGUAUUAACCCAGAUGCUUACAUCUCCAAAGUGGUUGAAGAGAACGCAGUGCUUAGUGCUGAUACUUUCCGCUAUUACAUCACCUGUAGCACCGGAUACCCCAACCCUUUCCAGCAGAAACUGUCAGGAAGUCACAAGGCUCUGGUGGAAAUGCAAGAUGAUGUUGUGGAACUCAUGAGAUCAGCAAGCAGAGAGCAUCCCACCUCCAAGGACUAUCUUACACGGAUCCAGGAGGUUCUAAAUUCAACAGAGAUAAACUUGCAGCAACUGACAGCUUUAGUAGACUGUCGGAGUCUGCAUUUGGAUUACGUCCAGGCUUUGACGGGCUUUUGCUAUGAUGGAGUGGAAGGCCUCAUCUACCUGGUUCUCUUCUCCUUUGUCACAGCCCUCAUGUUCAGUUCCAUUGUGUGCAGUGUCCCACACACUUGGCAGCAAAAGAGAAGCUCAGAUGAUGAUGGGGAUGAAGAAUCAGCUGCUCAGGGGAGCAGACAGACACACGAUAAUCUUUACAGAGUGCACAUGCCCAGCCUCUAUAGCUGUGGGAGUAGUUAUGGCAGUGAGACCAGCAUUCCAGCAGCAGCACACACAGUCAGCAAUGCUCCCGUCACAGAGUACAUGAGCCAGAAUGCAAAUUUCCAGAACCCCCGUUGUGAGAAUACCCCGCUCAUUGGCCGGGAGUCCCCACCUCCCUCAUUGUAUUUGGCUGCCAUGGACAGUAGCAGCCAUAUGAGCUGGCAGCUUAAGCCCUCGGACAGUGCACGGACAUACUGGUAACAGCGCCCGCAAAUGGAACAGGUACUGGAAACAAAAAGGUCCUUCUUGCUCAACCCCUUCUCCACUCCCGACCACUCCUCAUCCCUGCACUGUUUAUCCCAGGCCAGUGCCUUUUAUUUCUUCACAUUCCUUUCCUCUGCACCUCCCACCCCAUUCCCUCCUGCCAAGGGUUAAAAUGACUUAGUUUUGCUCUGGUGCAGACUCAAGCAGCAGAUUUAACCUUGGAAAGGCUUCUGGUGCUCGAUGUGAUGGCUACAGAGACCCGUGCCUCACAACUCAUGGCUGCUUUAGCUCAAAGUGCACACUGGAGAACAGCUUCAACACUUAGUCCUGAGCGCUGCUUAAAUGUGGAAUUAGUGGUGCACUUUAAAUGCAGAAUAGAAGUUCUUCCAUCCCAAGAAGCUGCUUUAAAGCGAGAACCAAUCUAGUAGCUUUUCAGUCAGGACCAGUUCUCUUAUUUCAGCUUUUUAGCUUCCCUUGAUCCCUGCUGCUGUUCUUUUUGUAUUGACUGCUCAUAGCAGCGUGUGCCCCAAACCACAGAUGUUUAUCUGCCACGUGCUUUAAGCUCCUCAGUAGGAUUUUUAAUUUGUUGAAAGGCUGUGGUUGGUAGUGGUGGCCUGUCCUAAAGAGUUAUUUCAGUGCCUGUUAGAACUGUGUGCAGCUUCUCCUUGCAUUUAAAGUCAGAAAGGAGUCAGUUUAAAGACAACUUCCCUAAGGCUCCAGGCAUAAGCACUAAUAUUUAUUUCAUUCUGUUUCAAAACCUUUUACUGUUUUGUUUGUUCUGUGUAUGUCCGACUCAUUUCAUCCAUCUCCCAUGGGCUCUGUGAACAGAGCCCCCUUAGCAUCAUUUCACUGUCUGAAUUUUCAAUGUGCUGUUGUUGCUGACAGUCUCCAAGACAGCCAAUGUGUCUUCCCUCACAGUAGUCCAUCAGAAAGCCACUUGCAUACAGAAAGAGUAGGUGGUCUGCAUUAGGCCUUGGAGUUUUUAGCUUGGUUGAAUACAGGGUGUAAUGAAAGCUCCCAGGCAGCUCACCUGGUGUAAAGGACAGCGUGUUUCCCCAAGGGAGCUACAGCCAUGCAGUGACUGGAAGGUGCUGGUUCCAGUUGGAAUAAAGGGGCUAUUGCUUUUGGCCUGUGCAGUCAAUGACCCCUGUCUUAAUUCUGUUCCCAGGAAGACGUGUCCAUAAAGCUGCUAUUCCUUCAUUUCUGCCGUUCUUGCUGGGACUUCUCUUAGCCUUGCAUUGGAUUCCUUUCUGUCAUGUUGCUGCUUGGUCUGUGCUCUUGCUGCCUCUUGCCAUUUGUCUGCCUGUCUUGUGACGUGCUGGGAAGCGUGCUGUCUGACCUGGAUGUCUCAGUGCCCUCUGCCAUGGUGCAUGAACACAAACCUGUCUUGAAGCAUGGUGCUGGAACCCAUGGAAGGGUCACAACUUCCUUCAGUCUUAAGCCUCGUAAAGACUGCUCCUGGGCUCAUGGUGGUCUUUCUGCUUCCUGCAGGUGGUAUUGUAGCAAAGUCAGAAGACUGCUUAUGAGUCUGUCCCAUGAAAUAAAGUACUGCCUGGUGGGGGAAAAUUCUGGGGUCUUUAUACUGGGCUUGAAUUAUCCUCUGGGCUGGAACAUGACUUCAGUCUUCACUGUCUUCUGUUUCCCUAAGGUCACACCCAGAGUUAAUGUGUCUGUCUGCAGGGCUAAGAAAAAGUCAUUGCAUUCUUUCCAAGACUUUAAAAACAAACAAAGCAAACAGAAACUCUGUUCUUUGGACUUGGUCAACUUAAAUCUCUUUGAAUUCAGAACCCAUUGGCUGGAAUUGGCUAUUUCCCUCCAUUUGUACCUCCCAUUCAUAAUGAUACCAAACUCUGUGUUUACUGUGCUGUAGCUAUUUGAGAGGUGGAUCAACCUUUAAGAACUUGACUCCAGAAACUUUGAUCUUUAUUGGCUUACUAAAAUAGCUCUGGCAGGAAAUCAAAGUCAGGGUAGCCAAAGAGAUGUAUUUAUUUUAACAAGUAGUCAGUGGUUUUUACUUGGAGUCAUGGUUUCACACGGUAAGUGAUCUUCCAGAGCAGCUCUGUUAGCAGUGAAGUACUCACGAUCUGCACAGUUCACAGGACUUGGUAGAAUUUAUGGUCUCUAAAAUUAACCAAUUACUCUCAUUAUUAGUAUUUUUUUGCAACAAAUGAUUCCUUUGUAUGCAAACUGCUUCUGAUAAUCCCCUCACUCUCACGUGUUCACUAACCAUACCUAUGAAAGUUUAUGCCCUCAACAAGGCUAAAUGUGAAUGAUUCUUUUUCUUUCAAGAGAUGCAAAAUAAACUCUUGUGCAAUCAGCUGUGUUUGUCCUAGCUGACUGGUAAGUGCCUGGGAGGUGUGCUGUGUUGGCUAGCACAGGCAACCUGGAGGAACAGCAGCAAGAAGUCUGUUAGGCCCUCUGCUUGGGGUGGCUGAGAGUAGGGAGAAGACAUUGACCUCCUUGCUGUAUUUAAAAGGGUACAAGAGGGCAUAUAGGACCUGGGGGCUGAGAGUACUGGAAGAAUCGAUGCAUUGUGCAUGUUCUUUGCCUUCUAUGCAAGUCUUUAAAGGAAACUAAAUGCAGCUGUGUGCAUGAUGGCUGUGUCAGGCAGUGUAUCCGGGGGGUCACCUGAGAGCAGAGACCAAGACUUCCUUAGCUCCAAACUGUGCUCAGGCUUAGAAGUCUUUAGAUCUUUCUAAAAGAAGUUAUUUUCUAAGUUAUUUUAAUAGUGAACAGUAUAGUUUGGUUUCAUAUCCAUGUGACUGGCGAGUUUCUGCUGAUACAUCUUCAUUUGUUGGCCUGCCCAGAUGUUGGGAUCUGUGUUUUCCACAGCAUCUUCCCAUUGCUUCACAGCAAAGGAUGUGCACUAAAGUGCUUAGAUGAGAGAUGCUGACAGCAUGUGGAGCAAAGCAUUCAUGCAGUGAUUCUAAUGUAGUUACUGAAUAUUUGGUGCAUGCUUGCGGAGCUGUGCUGUGCUGGUUGUAAGAGGUGUGCAGAAGUUCUAGCUGUUUCCAAUUUUCAACCAACUUUUCAUGGCUGUUAGGAAUAUCCUUAACAGAAGGAGUAACCAGUUCAAACUGUAAUGGGAAAAGGUUGUAAGGUACAAAAAUCCUGAGUUAAGGAGAGAACAUCAGCCCUAACUCUGACUAUUGAGUCUUGAUUUGUUCCUUGUGGUGGAUAGCAGGUAGGUUUGAAUGUAAAAAUGCAUUCUGCUUGACUGUUUUUGUUUUGUUUUUUUUCUUUGGGGAGGAAGGAGCAAAUUCUUUUCAACUUCUCUUUCCACAAUGGGUACAUUAUUGAAAUAUGGUUCAUCAAGCAGUCCAUCUUGAUUGUUAAUGUUCUAAAGAAAAUUGAUGCUGCAAGUUGUGCACUGAAUCUAUAGGAUUUCCAUGAUCCUAGAAGUUGGUUGUUUUUUUCAAAAUACAUCUUGCAAAACCUUAACAACUGCAAAUUUUCUUUUCAUGCUCAUCUCCUACCAUGCUUUGCAUAUGGGAUACAAAUGGAAAAUGAGCAAUCAAAUGCAUUUUGCCUUCUAAGAUGUUCUUCAUAGCGUGAUGCUUGGCUGGAGAUUUCAACAUUAUACUAUCUGUGAAUGUGUCCUGCUUAUGUUAUGAGAAAAUUCUUUGACUUCUAAGCCUCUUUGAGCCUGCUGGGUUAGUCUCAUGUUUUAAUAAUGCCCUAAACUUCAUUUCUGAAACAGCAAUCGUAUUUCAUAAACUGUAUGGAAUACAGUCCUCAAACUGGCUCAGCUUGGCAUAUUCAACCUUUUCUUUCUCACUGGCAAAAAGAAAGAAAAAAAUCUUAAAAAGAGAAAGAACAUGUAGACCCUUUGUCUUCUAAAUAUAGAUGCUGUUUCUGGGCCAGAGUUUUAUAUUAAGAUCCACAUUCUGCAGAAGAUGUUCCCGUUAUGGAAGAUAGUAAAAGAUAAGUGUGCCAAUGAGCCCCAGGUAUCUUCAUCUUCUGCCAGUGGGGUCAGCCCUGAUGAAGGAGCAGUAUCUCUCUUCUACUGUACACAGGUUCAGCCUGGUUUGGUCUUUGAAGGAAAACUGAAAAUGCUGUUAAUUCUCUGAAACCUCCUUUGAAUAGCCAGGCUUCUGAAAGCCUAAGGAUGCCUCAUAAUGUUCUUUCCCAGUGGGCAAGAUAAAUCAUAGCUCCUGGUGUGGAACUGCCUUCCAGUUGUCUUUUUUGCCAGCUUAACUGGCUAUUUUAUGUGGUGCAGCUUUAAAGGCGAUAAUAAGUCAGUAUGCUGAAGAGCACUCUUGGGAAGUAAGAUGUGGAUUUACAGAAUUAUUCAAGCUCCUGCUGGUAUUAAAAAGAGGAAAAAGCACCUGUCCUCAUUGCUUGGUUUGGAGUAUCGUGGUAGCUGAAUCCCAGAAGCACUAACAUGGCCAAGAUCAAAGCACUGAACGCAUUGAAACAAAGAGGAAAGAGUCUCUCGUUCUUACUGCAGUGUAUUUGCAUGCUUUUCAGCUCAGUAUCCAAAGCUGGAUGGCAGGUGUUAUCUCAGUAGCCUCUGGGAGCAGUUUGGGAUUACCUUGCUUUGAAAAAAAAUUGUAAAGCAACCCAAACCAAAGGCACCUCACACCUCUGUGAGCUUCUUUUCUCACCCCCAGGCUGGAGUCUUGUCUACCACUGCAUGGUACACAGGCUGGAUCCCAUGCCAUGGUGGAUAAUUAACCACCUGAUAACUAUUAAAUAGCUAAUAUCUUGUUGGAUGGCAGCUUGUUUCCAGUCUGGUUGGGUCUGUCCUUUCUCAGGCAUAAAUUGUUCACAGGAUUCAUUCUUCCACACUUUCCUUUCAAAGUGUCCAUUUGUGAUGUGUGCAAUCUUCUGCUGAUCUCAUUGCACAGAAAUGCAAUGAACUUUACACCUCUCUUCUUUUCAACCUCCUUUUCUGGCAUGGUUGAAAGAAUCAGCAUGACUAAAAGAGGAUGAAGGUGUGAGGUGGGUUUUUACAUCUGUAUCAUUUCCACUUCCCUUUCUUCUUCCAAGUGAAAUAUGGCACGUUUUGAUUCAAUGACUAUAGGGCUUCAUUCUCUAUAGAGAGCUUGGACAAAUCAUUAGCCCAUGUGCACUGACCUGGCCAGCAUCCUUGCAGCAGGCUAUACCAGUGUGUUGCUCUACACAGUGACUUUGAAACUUUCCUUGUCAAACCAAGCCAGCAGCUCCUUGAUAUGCAGCAAAUGCUGCCAAUGUUGUGCUGGGAAGUGAUUGCAAUCUGUUGUUCCAUUCUAAUAUUUAUUCUGACUUCUCUGUUCUGUUGUUUUUGUUUGUUUGUUGUUUUCUUGUCUUGUUUU